AUGGAAACGGAACGCAAGAUAUCACAAGCGCGGUUCGAGCUGCAAGCGGUAGCCUGUAAGCCGACGGGCAACGCCGAGGAGCGGUACCGCGUGUUGGAAGCGAAGGAUCGCUACCUGCGCCUCACGAUCCCGCGCCCCACCGAUAUUCGGAAGGCCAAAAGUAUCCAGGGCACGUGCCCGGACAUGUGCCCCGAAAAGGAACGUUACUUGCGUGAGUGGAAGGGACUGGUGUCAUCGUACGAAAAGCUGCUCUUUGCGCCGGGACAAGCGGUGCAAAUCGAUCACGACAAAGCGAUCAAACAGUACUCGCGGAGCUCUGCGGAUCAGGAGCUGCCACUACCGCACGAGCUGCGCACAGAGCAGGCCCUUGGCCGCACGAUGCGGUUCCUGCUCGAACACCUGGCGGACCGGUGCGACGAGGAGCCCGAGGGAACGAACGUCAGCGACUGGUAUCACUACAUCUGGGACAGGACGCGCGGUGUCAGGAAGGACAUCACGCAGCAGGAUCUCUGCACGCCGGGUGUGGUCGAGCUGAUGGAACAGUGCACCCGCUUCCACAUUCACUGUGCCGCGCGGCUCGUGGCCGAGGACCCGUCGGUGUUCGAUCAGAAGAUCAACACGGAAAACAUGACCAAGUGCCUGCAAACGCUCAAGUACAUGUACACCGAUCUGGCCGCACAGGGCGCCCGCAGUCCGAACGAAGCCGAGUUUCGGGCGUACAUGGUGCUGCUUUACCUGAACGACGGUAACUUUCUGUGGGAGCUACGCCAGCACGCGGCCAGCGGUAUCGUACACUCGCCCGAGGUGCAAUUCGCCCUGACCGUGUACUUUGCACUCGAUCAGAACAACCACGUGCGCUUUUUUGAGCUCGUCCGCUCGACGACCUACAUGAAUGCCUGUUUGCUGCUGCGCUACUUCACACAGAUGCGCCUGAAGGCUCUGGACGUGCUCCGGAAAGCGUACGCAGUACGAUCGAUGGCCGAGUUCAGCGUGCAGCGUCUGACGGAAAUGCUCUGCUUCGAGAGUGAAACGGAACUGGUGGCAUUCUGUGAGCAUUACGGCAUCGCAGUCGACCGUGCGAGUGGCAUCGUUCAGCUAGAAAGCCGACACCUUUAUCAUCCCGAUACUCCGUAUCCAGCGCGUCGCGAAAUGCUGCUAGUCGAAAGCAAACGAACCGGCCAAACGGUAGGGGAUGCGAUCUGUGGGGCACCACUGGCGACGUGGUGCGCCCGCUACCCUUGUCAACCGGUCUACGACAGUUUCGAUCAAGAGGGAUAUUUACUUGACGAGCUACUCCAAGACGUGAUGAGUACCAGCGAAUCGCAGGGCGCAAAUCAGGCCGAGCAGAACAAACCAACCAGUAAUGGCAUCACCUCGAGGAUAGACCUACCACAGAAAAUGCAAAUGGUGCACGAAGCAGCAAAUGGUACACCGACAACCGAUAUUCGGGGAAAUGGCAACCAUUCAUCGUCGGAACGUCAAGAAUCGCAGCAUCAACGUGAUGAACAUGUGUUCAAGGUGCCAUCAUCGAUCAUCAGCUUCCCUCGAGUACGCACACCAUCCCUUAGUCCACCUUUACCGGGGUCUCGAGUGGCACUGCCGGCCAUACGGCCGAUUAAUCUUCACCCGACUUCACCCUCAAACACGUCGAUGGCACACGCUCCGGCGACGCCCGAACCUCCUUUCGUGAUGCAUCAGGCCAGUACUUUCACACCGAUCGGCGAUCGCAACAGCAGCUGCAGUGCGGUCACUAUGCCGUACCUGAGUCCCCCGAACGACCACUCGAUUAAGGCUGCCGGACAGAAGCGCACGUUCUUUGGCGCUACCAUACCCGUCCAACAACCACCGGCUCAAAACGAAACAGCACCGGAACGUAACAUCUUUACCAGUCAUAAUUCGGCAAGUGUGUGGACAGCAAACAGCAGUGGCUCUAUAUUUGGAUCGGUACCCUACGGAGAGGACAAGCAAUUCCCUAGCAGCCAAACCGCAAGCACCGCCAGCAACGAACAAAGUGGAAUCUUCGAAAAAAGCUUACCACGAAACGAGUUCAAGAAUCAUGUGUCGGAUGAGGACAAAUUCGUGUCGCUCGACGGACCAUUUAAAACGCACCAAGGUGCAACGGACACCGAUGAAGACGAGAUGGACGAACAGGAUUACGAUGAGGACCUUCAGCCGGAGGAAGAUACAGACGCGUAUGACGUUGUGGAUUGGAAUGCCGAGGAAGAUGCGGAUGAGGACGAGUACGAGAAGGAAUGGAGCGACCAAGAUGAGUCGGAGGAUGUCGAAUCGCACACCACGGAACGUGAAGAGCGUGACUCUCCGAUCGACGAUACCGCCAUGGACAUGUCCGUUGAGCGAAUCUUCAACCGGUUGGUAGACGACGAAGUGACGGUUCUGGCCGAGCAAGUUACGGAACGGUGCCGCCAUCAACAACAGUGCGCCGAGAAGCUACUGCUUGAGCUGACCAACGAGCUGUUGAAGGAACACGUUGCCUCUGUUGUCCCCUCGGAGCUGCAACGAAUGCAGAAGACGACAGCGCUGCACAAUGCGCAGUUGGUUUUGAAGUACUGCAAACGCUGGAAGAAGCGUGCUGUUUUCCUGCGCAAACAACGUAGCUUGAUGGAGUCGGUAACACCGGUUUUUGGCCCCGAACCGGUAAUCAUGGUAGGAGCGGAACGUGUGCAGGAAGUACUGUCCCAAAAGGUAGAGCAACCGUGGCCUAGUGCUGCGAAACAUUCGAAAAUUGAUCCCUUAGCCCUGUUGGAAGAAGCGACCCAAACUACCGGAUACUUCCUCGACUCGUACUGCAGUCCGCACUUCUUUAAGAUAGUCAUUUCGGUGCCAGAUACGGGCAUCGAUCGGGAGGCCAACUUGUGGCAACGCUGGCUGCUGGAAAGAGUUUUCGAUGCACCCGAAGAAACCAGAUCACGAGGAUGCUUUUAUUUGGCCACCCGUAACCAUACAGAACCGUUACCAGGGGUGGCAGUUUGCAUGCGCCUAAUGUGCGGCACCAAUGUGGUGGACACAACGGUCACGAAUGGCGCGAAAGCUCUCGAUCGAAGCAACGGAGUGCUGUUUGUAGUCGCUGAAAACCGCCUAGAGGAAGCUCGACAACGGUUGCGGUACAUUGUGGCUAGCCAGUCGUACAAGUGUCCCCCACGCGGCACUCAACCUCCUCCGCUAGUGGUCUUUUUCCAACGUUUAACUGAUGGCCCGUCACCGAACGCUGAACAGUUGUGGCGUGACUUCGCACCCGAUGGACCCACCUUCGCGGAUCUACAGCAACUCGAGCGGAAAGUGUACGUGUUUCGGCAGGACACCUUCCAGCCGGCGCUUCGCCACGGUCUACGGUUCUUGGUCGGCUGCUACAAGCGGCAGAGGAUUCGGCUGGGACGAAGCAAACAGUACCUUGAAAUGCUGCCAACCGACGAGUUCCUGCAACGCUACCUCAUAGACGACUACUGGACUCGGGUGAAGGAACACGUGCAACAGCUGGACCACUUGACGAAUGGCAAGUAUCGGCCACCCGUGAACGGGCACGUCGCGUCCUACAAUGCCGCAAUCGAGCAGACUUGUGGUCUAGUGGUCAACCGAGACGUCAACGAACUGUACCACCUUCCGGAAGAAUUUGACCAGCUUGCAGAGACCAGCGGUCAAUCGUCAAGCUACUGCCUGCGACACGAACACUGCUUUCCUCGUCGGUGGCGUACGACCUUAGCCGACACGGCAAGCGUAUGUCGGCUAAAAACAUUGUUCGAAGGGCUAAGAUUGAUCAACCUGCCGGAACCACUCAUUCAGACGAUGAACCAAAACGCGCACAACAAGGCACACGGUGGUCCGCUGGCCUCGAAACAGGGUGCACCACCGGUGCAGGACAAGUUGCGCGAGUAUCUGCUAAUGUAUCCGACCCUACGGACCAUCCCGGAACUGAAACGCAAGGAGUUGGCAAAAAACCUUACCGAUUCGUUCUGUGCAUUCUGGGGCUGCAGUUUCGCUUGGAUCCCCUUUUUGCACAUGAUUGCUGCUGCGCUUGUAGAGUCUGCUUCGACGCGGCUGGGCACCGGUCCGGACAUGGCUCCGCCAAACGUUUUUUACUGUCUCGACGAGUUCGACCGGUGUCUCGCAACGCUCCCAGUGGAUCAGUUGGUGAAGGAAGGACAUUUGAACGGAACGCUUCAUCAACCGCAAUGGAUGGCGCAAUCAUCAACAGCAAAUUGCUCUCCUGGAGAAGCGAAGAGCCAGCCGACACGUAAAUACCGAUUGCGAUAUGGUAAAGCCGUAGAUGAUACGCCACAGCAGCCGCUGCGGAAGUACGCCAGAAUGGAUACCAGCGCUACGGGUGCGUUUGACGACAAUACCGAAGAAGACGACGGCGCUGAAGUCCUGGACGUCGAAGCAAUCCUGCAACGGGCGAGGGCGCUGUUGGAUAGAAUGGGGUAG